CUUUGAUCCCUAUAUGUUGCAGGCAGCAGCAUUCCUCAGUUGCAAGUGAAAGUCGCAAAGUUUUCCUAAUACGGCAUCGACCGCGGAUUUUCGGGCCUAGCCGAUAUAAAAGCUGUUUGGCUCCGGGGAUCCUGCCAGGUGGUUUACCUUAUCUUAUCGCCCCAAGCCGUUCUGUUCGUCCUUGUUCAAACAAUCUCGACUUUUCCCAGGCUUUCUUCGUAUUGUUCUUUGAUCGUCACGUGACACCUAGGGUAUUUUCUCUCUAUUCGAUUUUUUGAUUAGUGGCUGUUAAGAUCAAUUCUUCGCGAAAAUGGAUAAUUACGAGAAAUUACGUUCGACAGGAUAUUUGGAGAAGUACUCUACAGCCCGCCAUCCGCUCGGGUUCUACUACAAUGUCGGCGUGACCGCCACAUACACGCUACCUGAGACCUACACGCUUCCGCUCCGGGACUAUGUGUACAAGGCCUGCGAGAUUCUGAUCGGCCAGCACCCCGUUCUCUCGGCGGUUCCCGUGAACGAGGAAUCGGACGAGGCAUACUUCGUCCGCCUCCCGGAGAUCGACCUCGCGCAGCCGGUGAGCUUCCACAAGCGUUCGCGGGGGUUCCCCGAAGGGGCCGAACCCGACACGGAGCUGGACGAAUUCCUUCAGACACAGCACAGUACGGGGUUCACUACACCGGGGGCGCCGUAUUGGCGCCUGGCGAUCUUCAUGGACGACGAGGAUGAUAAUGCAUCGGCGCGGCGACGGUUCACCGCCGCAUACAUCUUCCACCACGCCCUGGGCGACGGCACGUCCGGGAAGAUCUUCCAGGAGACGUUUCUCGAGGCGCUGACGACUGCGGGGUCGACACUCAGCGCGGCGUCCGGCGGCGAGGAAGCGAAGCAGGUCGUGCCCACGCCGGUGGGCACGCCGCUGCUGCCGAACCUGGAGGCCGCGCAUCCCUGUGGCAUCUCCCUCCCGUUCCUGCUGGGCGCGGUGAUCAAGAUGAAGUUCGGCGGACGGGACCGCGGGCUCUGGACGGGCGCGCCGGUCUUCACGCCGCUCGAGGCGCGAGCACGCCACCUCGUCAUCCCCGCUCCGGUGUCAGCGGCGUUCCGCCAGAGCUGUCGCCGGAACGGCGCCACGGUCACGGCGGCCGUGCAGGCGGCCAUGGCGCAGGCGCUGUUCGCGCACCUGCCGCCGCAGUGCACGAAGCUGCGGCUCACGGGCGCCAUCUCCGUCCGCAAAUGGCUCACCCAGGCGAUCCCGGAGAAGUCGCUGGGCGUCUGGGUGAUGGACUUUGGGGAGAGUUAUUGGCGCAAGGACCUGCCUGCCGCCGCCGGCACGGAGGAGACCUUCCCCUGGAAGGAAGCGCAGCGCUCGCGAGAGACGAUCGAGCGCGUGGUCGGCAUGAAGGGGAAGAACACCGGCGUGAACCUUCUCAAGUACGUGUCCGGGUUUUCCGAGUUCUUCCGGUCGAAGCUCGGGAAGCCUCGUGGAGAUAGUAUCGAGCUUUCCAAUAUCGGGGUCUUGAGUGCGUCGGAUGAGGUUCAGUCAGACCCUUCGAAGCCCCAGAUGGGUCGGGUGAUCUUCUCGCAGAGUCCCAACGCUGCCGGCGCUGCGAUUGUGGUGUCGGCGAUCUCGGGUGGUGACGGCUGUUUAGUCCUGUCGUUUGGAUGGCAGCAGGGUGUUGUGGAACCGGAGUUGGUUUCGGGCAUGAUUGACUCGGUGGAGAAAUUGGUGCAUCUUGCGGCACAAUAGAUUGGGGAUCAUGGGAGGGGGAUUGCUUCUGCUCUUGUUCGUUAUGAUCUAUUGCGAUCUGCAGCCGCGAAGGGCCUGCCUGCACAUAAUAUAUGGUACACUAAGUACCGUUAAUUCUAAUGCCAUCUGAUUUAUUUGAG